GGUGACAGUGAUACAAUGUAACAUUCUUCUCUCGCGGAGAGCUGGCAGGCUGUCCACAGCGGCCCGGGGAAUGCUCCCACUGACUGCAGGUCUGUUGUUGGUGAAUUUUGGGCCGUCUCGAUGAAUCUUGGCUGUUCUUAUCCAAACAUUGAGAUGGGAAGGAUUAGUUAUGAAAUGCAUUAAGCUUCUUAGUCCUCGGUGACUACUUGACUAUCUAUCAAAAUGACGGGCUCAAGCUCAACGUUCCACCGGGCGCAUAGCAAACACUGCCAUUCCCACUAUCAAAAUGGAGGGCCAAAGACUUCCAAACCCAUGCGUUCACGGAGCCUGCAUGAUCGCCCAUUGGCGGCGUCUUCCUCUCUUACCCCUGCUCCAGCCAGCGCAUCUGGGAAUAGCUCGGGUGGAUAUUCAGAAGAGGAGGACAAAGAGGCCGGCGCUCUUUUUUAUGUUAACAAGAGUGGAUUUCCCAUUGACAGUCAGACCUGGGAAAGGAUGUGGGGACACGUGGCAAAGGUCCACCCUGAAGGCAAAGACAUGGUAGACAAGAUUCGAAAUGCUACUCAUCUUUCCAAGCCUUCAGUGCCAGCAGUGCCAACCUAUAAAGCGCCCAUGCCCAUCCUGGACUGGCUCCAAGCUGUACAAAGAUACAUGAAAUUGCUGCAAUAUAACCAUACAGGAACACAGUUCUUUGAAAUUCGGAAAACAAGACCUCUGAGCGGGUUAAUGGAGACGGCUCGAGAAAUGACUAGAGAGUCCUUACCUAUCAAAUGCCUGGAAGCAGUAAUCCUGGGGAUAUAUUUGACCAAUGGACAGCAUGCAGUGGAGCGGUUUCCCAUCAGCUUUAAAACCCAGUUCUCAGGAAGCUACUUCCACCAUGUUGUGCUGGGAAUUCACUGUAACGGACGCUAUGGCACGUUGGGCAUGAGCAGAAGACCUGACCUCAUGGACAAGCCAAUGACCUUUCGGACAUUAAGUGAGCUCAUCUUUGACUUUGAAGAUUCUUAUAAAAAAUAUUCACAUUCUGUGAAAAAGGUUAAAAUAGGCUUGUACGUGCCACACGACCCCCACACCUUCCAGCCAAUUGAGUGGAGAUACUUAGUAAUCAAUAUGGGAAAGAUGGUGCGUGCGGACAUUAAGAAAGAGCUGGAGAAACAUGCCAGGGACAUGAGAAUGAAGAUCCUAAAGUCGUCUAGUGCCCAGUCUCCUGUGAAAGAACGGCGAGGGAAAUCCGUGUCUCCUCCUAGGAUGGGAACCAGCCCUCAGAGACGCGUUUGCAGAAGAGAUAAAUCCCCUGCGAGGUUAGACAAGAAACCAGCGGACCUCAGCACUCUGAAUGACGUUGGCUAUCAAAUUCGGAUUUGAUACAACAUGAAGCGAAGCCGAAUUCCCUGGUGCUUCCCAUUGCACUUUAUCCAGUCACCUUUUUUUUUUAUUUUCUAGAGAUCUGUGACUAUUUAUUAUGACAUUUUAUUUAUGCUUUUAAUUAAGAGUUUGCAUUUUACACUUUUUUACUAUUAACGCCUAUCAGCUUUGGGAAGAUCUGAGCAUCCUGUGUCCUGGCUGGGAUAUUUUAGGACAAGCCAGUUGUCUUCUGGCUUUUAAUUUUUGUUUUUUUUUGCAGUUAUUGGACAAAUUCAGUGAAAUCCAAACCUCGCUCCUUUAAAAACUUUCCUUGUUGUGUAUUUUAGCCAUUUUCUGAACCAGAAGGGCUGCUGUGUGACUCGAGGCAAGAGGUUUUUAUGUAAUCUACAGCGUCGGGGAUUAAAAAGUGCAAAAUAGAAAUCUGAAUCAUCGUGUUGUCAGCUGGAGAAUGCGGGAUUUAAUACCGUAUCACAUGGCUAUCCAACAGUACAUUAGAUCUGGCUGCCAGGGGUGUUUUUCUGGUGUAGUUGGCUUAUGCAAUUGCUAGUAGUGGCAUAAAAAAAUCAUUUUGGAGGGCGACAAACCCCAUCAUUAUAACCGAGACCUCGCCUGUUCACACACCUUUCUCUAAGAAUGAUGACCUCUUCUUUGGUGAUCUAGCAGUAAGAGUGUGGAUAUCCAUGCAACAGGCUGACAGAUCUCUUUCAGUGUUCUAUAACGGAUUUGACACUUUGUAACACCUGAAUCAGUGUAUCUUGUAUAGUACAUCAUAACCCGGCUCUUUUUUCCUCAAUCAGUCACUUCUCUCAAACAGCAGAGGAGCACUGGCAGAGAUCUGUGCCGGCUUAAACAGAUUUCUUUGUCUUAUGUGGCAGCUGCACAGGGCUCUCUUACUUGCUACGGCCAAAUAUAUGCAAAUUGUUGCACCCCAGCAUCUGUGUACUAUUGCACUUGUGAACAGGCUAUUGGAGUAUCAUGGAUUCCAUAGGAACCGGAAUGCCACCUGGGAACUGUGUCUAUCAUCAGGCUGGGAUAGCACUAUGUCAGUUGUCAGAGGUCAAGACUAGUCGUCUGAAAGUGAAAUAUUGACAUUUAAGGCCCAGCCUGCUAAAGGCAGCACAUGACUAUAAAAGAUGUUUAGCCUGUUAUCAGCAGCUCGUUACCCAGCUUCCCCCACCGGCUUAGUGCUUCCUAUAUAUCAUGCAAGAGUGAUCACUGUGUCCUGAUUAUAGCUUGGUUAAUCUAAUGAUACAUUAUACUAUUUUGAUUACUGAACACCGAUUAUUUCUACCUGGGAUCUCUGAGAGUGAAUGCCAUCUUGACAAUGUCCUGCGUUAUAAUGACUUAUUAGCAUUCGUCCUGCAUAAAAUGACCAGUCUAUUUUAACCUUCAUUUAUAGUGUAUGCUAGCCAAGAGGUAUCAAAAUGUAUAGAUUUUCACAUAAUAAAACGUAUCAUUUAUAUUCAUUGUUUCUGAAAAUCUAUACAUUUUUAGUCCUCCCUUUAAUGUAAGUUACAGCAAUAGUUGGGAGGAAAACUAUUGUUUCUUUAACCCCGAGUCCCAGAACAUUGGAGGGCUCAUCUCUCGGCCACUUACUUGAGAUCCCUGGUUAUGUCUAAAUCAGGAGACCCUAAUGGACUUAAUGACUCACAUAGUUAUCUAGAAAUUCAAGAGCAUCACAAACACAUUAUGUAAAAACAUUGCAUAGUUGGGAUAAAAUAAUGACUUAUAUAAACUCUGUUUCUACUAUUCAGACAGUCAUGUUAUUGGGUUAGGCUGUAACUCACAACACCCUCAGCCAUUUACUGUGGACAGUAUAUGCUGCUCAUCAGCCUGAAUAACAUUUGGCAUUGCAGCCAUUGUGGACACGUUUCAAAUGAAUUAUUGUGUGUGUGUGUGUGUGUGUGUGUGUGUUGUUCUCAGUUCCUGCAUCAAUAUUACUGGGUGUUAUGAGAUUUUCCCAUUUAGCAACUAUUUGUAAGUGUGAGUGAAGCACUAAUUCUGUUAAUGCCACGUUUUGAAGG